UCGAUACAAAUCAAGUAAUUAGUUGAUAAGAUAAUGUGUCGAUUUAUCUAUUUGUUUUGUAAUAAGUGAACUUUAAUUUCGUUCUUGAGUUUAGUAAUGAUGGCAGCCAGAGACGAAGUAUCGAGUGACGUGAACGGCAAUUUUAGCCAACAAAGUGAUGUGGGCGAAACUGCAGCUUCUGAAGAGGUCCGCAAGAAUUCCAUUGGGAGCACCAAUGCGACAAAGUGGCCAGAAGUGAAAUUAAGGGAAAAAAGGUUACCGACCGGCCAAGAAAAAAGCGCAGCAGAACGAAGACGACAUUCCAGAAAUCGCUUGUCUAAUCGACGAAGUACAGGAUUUGUUAGUGCCGAAGAAAUGGCAGCAGCCGCCACUUUACACAACGAAAAUACCUCACUGUCAUGAAAUUAUGUUUUACUUUAAUACGGCCAUAAUUUAUAUACUUAUGUAUACCAUCUACGGAUGAUAAAUAUUUAUUUUAUUAUA